AGCGGUUGCUAUUGGAGGAAGUGGGUGCAAGGACGGCAGAUGCCAUCCCUAAGAGGUGGUGACUGAGACUAGAUGCGGGUGCAGGAACUCAGAGUGGUUUUCCAGAUGGGAAUCACAUUGCUCUCUGUCCCUGAGAUCUUGCUGGAGACAGGGCUACUCAGUCCCUCUUUGCUGGAUCAUCUGUUCCAGAGGAAACAUGUGUCGUUCUGACUGAGCCCCUGCCUGUCUGUCACCUUAAGAACCAGUCAAUUCAUAUGGUCCACAUAUCAAGGUCUCCUGUGCCUAGAGAGAGAGAGGAUUUCAUUUCAACCAUCACCAUCACCACCAUCAUCAUCAUCACCAGGAGGGGUUGUUGAGUGAGCAUCUGGGGAGAGGAGAGUAAAAUGAUCAGUUCCAAAGCCCUGGUGGCCAGUCAUCUACAUAAGAAGUCACUGGGCAUAGGCAGUGUUUCUCUCACCUUCUUUCAUUCUUGUCCCUGUUUUGGAGGACUUUUAGACAUGUUCUUCCUCACACAUCCUUUCUGCCAAGAAUGUAAAAUAUUAAUACGACACGUAAAGUGGUAACUGUUUUUGUACUGUGGUACUUUGCAGGACCACAAACCAUUGUAAUGUCUACCAUCCUCCUUAGCAUCGAGAGCCAAUUUUCAGCCCCUUGGGCAUGAUGUCGCCUCUGUUGACAAUGCAUGAAAUACUGUAAUGACAGCAAAGGCUGGACCACAUUCCUGCCCAUUACUUGAUGUGUGAUGCUGAAAUCCUUUCUUACCCUCUGUCAGCUUGCCCUUAGUCAUCUGUAAAAGGAGACUCACUAUAUCUUCCUUACAUGACUAGUCUAUGGUGUAAAUAAGAAAUCCUGUACAGCAUAGAUGUCACCUAGUAGGACAUCAACAAAUGUUCAUACUGACCCACUUUUCACCUCCCUCCUAGAGAAGUGAUAACUGUUACCUAAGCCAAACAGCACAAUUGCCAUAGAGUCUACCUGGAAAUAUACCAAGCAAUAAGAAGUUAAACCUACUCACACUUGCAUUAUGAAUAAAGCUUUGGGAACUAUUCCUGUGUUGCAGGAGGACUUUGCUGAGGGAUCAGGGAAAAGGGAAAGAAAUAAUUAAAACAUUUCCUUUAAUCCCCUGUCAUUUUCUGCCCCCUUGUUUGAUCUUCUAGAUUGAUAUUGGAAAAGCAGUUUCUAUUGAGCCCCCAAAUGAAGAGUGAGUGCAGAUGAAGAGGAGGCAGGACUCACAAGCCCUUGACCUUCAUUUCAGACCCAUUAGCACCUACAGGACCCUGCACCGGGAUUUCAUCUGCACUGUCAGCUUCUUCAAAGAGAGAGAGGUUGUUGAAAUAUUUUCAGUCUGAGGUUGGAUGCAUUCAUGUAUGCAGAAUCCACAGAUACAAAAGGCCAACUGUACUUGUUUAAUUCUCACCACAACCUAUGAGAAGGAUCUAUUGUUGCCUGACUUUAGACAUAAGGAAACUGAGGUACAGUGAAGACAGAGUUAGCAAAUGCCAGGCUGUGUGGCUCCCGAGUAAAUUCAUCUAUCCAGCAUGUGCUGCUGCCUCUCAAAUGAUAAGAAAAAUCUUACUUUUUGGGCGGUGGCUCACACCUGUAAUCCCAGCUACAGGGAUCACCUGGUGAUCUCAGUGAUAGAUAACACCAGAUUGAUAUUGGAAAAGCAGUUUCCCAUUGAGCCUCAAAUGAAAAGAGAGUGCAGAUGAAGAGGAAGUAGGAGUCACAAGCCCUUGACCUUCAUACUAGACCCAUUACCACCUACAGUACCUUGCAGUGGGAUUUCAUCUGCACCAUCAGCUUCUUCAAAGAGAGAGAGGUUGUUGACUCUUCAUGUGGAUGUCUGAGCUCCUAUCAGGUGUCUGAAAGAGGCAGAUUCUGAGGAUUUGGGUCAUGAUGGCUGCCAAAGCUUCUACGCCUGACUUAAAGGGCAACAAUCCUAGGAGACCACCAGCACUUACAUCCCUGGUAGGACAUGACACCUGCUUAUGGCCCAGAAGUGACAAAAGAGAAUUAUCAGGAUGGCAGUCCUUAUAACCAGAUGCUUAUGAACAUUCUUCACUACAUUCUGAAGAUGAAUUUCUACAAGGGAAAUUGUUUAUUUAACCUCAGAGACCUGGUAAUCCAUAUGACCCCCCAGCUAUGCCUCAUGGCCCAAAGGGCAGGAUUUCAUCUCCACCAUCCUCUUCCUCAAUGUGAAGGGCUGUUGAGACUCUGUGUCAAACCAAGGUGUUCCAGGCAAAACGCCAGCUGAGCUCCCAGAAGUUACCAGUACCAGUCAUCAUCCAUGGAUACGAAUACCAGUAAGGGAGGCAGCAGAUGGCUGAAAUUCUGACGCAAUGUGGCUGGUUAAUGCACGAUCUGAAAACCCCUGCACUGGUGAUUUUGGGACAGAUCUAGAAUAUACCAAUAAAUAUAUUAACAUACCAAGUAGUCCAGGAGCAGCCACUGGGCAAACACCAUACCUUGCAUCCCUGGUGCUGUCUCUGAGCUCAACAGACACGUCUUUGCAGAAGAGUUCUAUAAUGGUGGUACAAUGGCGCCCCCCUCAUGACAGAAGCUUGAACUACAGCUUGAACAUCGUGUGACAUGGUGAAUGAAUUUAUUGAGCCCCAGAAAGAAGGAAUAUUAAAGAAGAGCAAAGAAUAAUAGCUGGACAGAAGAUGGGGGUCAUUGAACCUGUAUCCUAGUUGCCAGACCUGUAAAGUGACCACGGGACCUGGAGGAGGCAGCAGAUGACUGAAAACCUGAAGUGAUGUGGCUGAGUACUGCAUGAUCUGAAGACUCUGCACUGGUGACUGCGGGAGGUAGCAGGUGGCUGAAAUCCUGGUGUGAUGUGACUGGAUCAUGCAUGAUCUGAGGACCCUUGCCCUGUUGAUUGGUGGACAGGUUCAGAUUUUUCCUAUGAACAUAUUAACAUACCAAACUGUCCAGAAGCAGCUAUUAAGCAAACACCAUACUUUGCUUUCCUCAUGCAGUCUAUCACAGAGCUCUUCAGAAAAAUAGGCCCGGCACCGCCUCUGCGUGCAACCCUGCUGGUCUGGCCCAGGCGCGGGGCGGGGCCAGCAUGAUGAGCGCCCCAGGCAGCCCCGACCAGGCCUACGACUUCCUGCUCAAGUUCCUGCUGGUGGGCGACAGCGACGUGGGCAAGGGCGAGAUCCUGGAGAGCCUGCAGGACGGCACGGCCGAGUCCCCGUACAGCCACCUGGGGGGAAUCGACUACAAGACGACCACCAUCCUGCUGGACGGCCAGCGGGUGAAGCUGAAGCUCUGGGAUACGUCGGGGCAGGGAAGAUUUUGUACCAUAUUCCGCUCCUACUCUCGUGGUGCACAAGGAGUGAUCCUGGUCUACGACAUUGCAAACCGCUGGUCUUUCGAGGGUAUGGAUCGAUGGAUUAAGAAGAUCGAUGAGCAUGCCCCUGGUGUCCCUAAAAUCCUGGUGGGGAAUCGCCUACAUCUGGCAUUCAAGAGGCAGGUGCCCAGGGAGCAGGCCCAGGCCUAUGCUGAGCGCCUGGGCGUGACCUUCUUUGAGGUCAGCCCUCUAUGUAAUUUCAACAUCAUAGAGUCUUUCACGGAGCUGGCCAGGAUCGUGCUGCUGCGGCACAGGUUGAACUGGCUCGGGAGGCCGAGCAAGGUACUGAGCUUGCAAGACCUCUGCUGCCGCACCAUCGUGUCUUGCACGCCUGUGCAUCUGGUAGACAAGCUCCCGCUCCCCAUUGCCUUAAGAAGCCACCUCAAGUCCUUCUCCAUGGCUAAGGGCCUGAAUGCCAGGAUGAUGCGAGGCCUCUCCUACUCCCUCACCACCAGCUCCACCCACAAAAGGAGCAGCCUCUGCAAAGUGAAGAUCGUCUGCCCACCCCAGAGCCCACCCAAAAACUGCACCAGAAACAACUGCAAAAUUUCUUAAGGAAGGCACCAGAAGGAAACAAGCUGGAAUCACUCCAGGAAAAACUGAAUGGUUACACCUGGAAGAGGGAAGAUGCAUUCCAGAUUCAAAGAAAUAACGUUUUCAGUUUCUCAUGGGAACAGUGCUGCUUGGGAAUGUGUGUGAUGCCUUCUGUCGAUAAAAGCACUUUAUGCAGUUUGACUUUGAAUUUCUACGUGGAUGUGCAUGUGUUUAUAAAGGGAAAAUUAGUACUCUGUUCAACUCUUGAUAACAUGAAAUUUUGAAUGUUACUUAUAAUCACACUGCAUCUUUUUCCUUAACUGCUUUUGUAAGAAUGGUGAUAUGGCAGUGAUGAGUAUAAAUUCAAGGAAAUUUGAGAUGCAAUGAUAGUGAGAUCAUUCUGAGUCAUUGAUAUUACAAGAGGGGCCUUUUUGUAUACUUCCUUUUUGAUGUCAAAGCACCAAUUUAUAAAACACUGCAGAUGCAUAUAGAGAUUAUAUGUAACAGAUCUGUCCAGUUUGUGCACGAAAUGGAUUUGAUAAAGUUUUUGCUAUGUUAUUUUACUACAUUUGGGGAUUAAUAAGUGAUUUAUAUGUGUGUUUUUCUGUAAAUUUACUUUUUUGUACAAGAUGUUUUACAAGAUAUGAAGCUAAGGGAAGAAAAUGCCAAAGAUAUCUCUAGUUAUGUUGAACAUAGCCAACAUGGUUUCAAUGGGUCAGUAAGAAAAAAGCCAUUUCAGUAAGGAAUGAAAUAAGUACUUAUUUAAGAAAAUGUUUCUUAACAAUAAAAGUAUAUAUUUUUAUCUUUUGCUAAAAUGAAAAGAAAAAGAAAAAUAUGUAUAAUGUAACCCUGCAAGAUGAGGCUUUGCAGAAAAACAAUGCAAUAGAACAUGGGGGGCCAGGCCCAUUAUAAGGCCUUAGGUGAGUCAUUUCCCCUGUGCUGGCCAGUUUUGGUUAACACCUCUCAGAUCUAUAUAGAGGUUAAUGAGAUCACAUCUGAGAAAGCACUUCUGAGACCUUAGAUGGGAAGGAAGGAGAAGUGAUUUCCAUGUAAUUACUUUCCGAUUUACACUGUGGAUUAUUAUAGUAAUCAAUAUUGGAUAAACUGAUUAAAUGUAAGUCCUUGUA